GUUACUUGCCUGGAUGGACGUGUCCUGGGUUUUACCAUUUAUGAGAUGGACACCUGGCGGAUAUAGGGAAAUAUAGCUGAAACUGCCCUAUGUUUCUGGUGUGUUCAACAAAUGGGACAUCAUAUUUUCAUAACGGCAUAAAAAGUUGACUUAUUCAGAACAGAAAUAUUUUUAUAUGAGGUACUGGUGUCUGUUGGGUGAAGUAUUUGACAGUGUGAACAUGCGAUUAUGUAGAUGGUGUUCAUUACCAACUUGUCAUCUUGUCCUGAAGAUAGAUGCUGAUUGAUAAGAAAAUUUUUAAGAAAAGAUACAUCAAUACAAAUAUACUGGACAUACGUUAUAAAUUGUUAAACAUAAUGAUUUGGGCAUGUAUGGGAAACAGACUAUAAAAUUGUUUGAGGAAUAAUCGUUUAAUCGUCUACUUUUAAAUAUUACUGUUUUCAAUUUUGUUGGGGCAUUCUUGAAAAUUAAAAGGACAUUUUGAAAAAUAAAGAAACCAACUGGUAAAGAUGCCUGGAAAAGUAAAGGGGUUGUACAUGUGGUGUCUGAAAGUAACGUCAGGUUACAAAGGUCUGGAAGUGCGUAAUCUUACAACUUGCUGGAAAAAUGGGCUGGCGUUCUGUGCAAUGCUCAGCAGAUUUCGGCCAGAUCUAAUUGACUACUAUUCCCUGAAUCCGGACGAGGUUUACAAGAACAAUGAUCUAGCAUUUACAAUAGCUGAAAGAGAGUUUGGAAUUAUAAAGAUGUUGGACCCUGAGGAUAUGGUUAGAAUGGAAGCACCGGAUAGACUAAGUGUGGCCACAUAUUUGGCCCAGUAUUAUGACUAUUUUAGAGACAAGCCAAUGUUAGAUCCUCCCGAAGCACCAGAAGGUUAUUUGGAGAGAAUUCAAAACAAGCACAAAACAGUUGAAUGUGAAAAGGCUACAGUUAGCAAUGAUCUUCCAAAUUUUGAGACUGUUUAUGAAAGAGAAACAAUAGAAUCCAGUAACAAAGAUAGCAAAUUACUUGAAGAGGAUGAAAUGUCCAAAGCCGAUGAUGAGUUUGAAGCAUUGUUUAAUGACAAUGUUAAAGUCUUAACUGACACGGAUCCAAAGAACUUUACAGACCUGUUUGAAGAAGAAAUUGAAGACAUAAAGGCCAGUAAAAAAGGUGCAGUGAUGCAAGCAAUAUUGAGUGCAGGUAUUGCUGCUGUAGCAGCAACAGCUGUUGGUGAUGAUUGCAAUAAGGAUUACAAUGAAAGUAUUUCGGAAAAUCUUACAGUGUUAAACGGGUCAAAUUAUGGUGAUCUAAAUGCAAAUCUUUCCAAGGAAAAUGAUUUUAAAAUAGGUACCAAAUCUCUUUUAGAACAGGAAGAUGAUAGUGUAGAAAUAGAUAAAUUUAGAACUGACAGUGGUUUUGGGACUUUUUGUGGUGAAAAUGUGAAUGAAAAUUAUCCUGACUAUCAGAGUGAAAUACAUCAUUUGGAAACUGAGAAAACAGUUGAGGUUCUUAAUGCAGAACUUAAUAAGGUGAAGAUUGAAUCUAUUGAAGUAAAUGUUGUCAAUGAAAAUGUAAAUGAACCAUCAGUAACUGGAUUUACAGAAAGAAAUGAGAAAUUAUCCUCUAGAUCCUCUUCAAGUUCAUCUUCAAGUGAAUCAUCGGACAGUGAAUCAUCAGACAGUGAAUCAGCUCCUAGACCAGUAGACUUUGAGAGUAUGGCAGAUAAAAUAGUCCAAAGUGUAUUUAAGGAUGUUCAAUUUAAUCCUGAACUUAUGGCUGAAAUUCAAAAAGAUAUUCCAGCACUUAUUAAAGAAGUAGAAAUCAGCAUUAAAGCUGAGCAAAAUGAAACACAGAACAUGGUUCCAGACAAUCAAAUUCAGACUGGUUUGAUCUCAUUAGAAAAUAAUAAGUUUGUGGGUCAAGACUUCAAUAUACCUGAUGAUGACACAGAAGAGACACAUUUGACAGAUUCUGUUGACUUAAUUGAAAAGUAUCAGAUAGCAUUAGAAGAAAAAGAAAAGGCUGAGUCUGACAAUGAGUCUUCGUCUUCAAAAUCAAGUACAUCCAGCGAAGAAAGUAGAGCAAAGUCUGGUGAUGGUUCUCCAAGUUUGGAAAUUGAGGAUGCCGUGCUAAAUGAACCUACAGAUUAUGCUAUUGAAGAAGAAUUGGUAGAUGGUAACACUGCAAAUAUACAAAAGAUUUUAGAUGGAACUAAUUUGGUAGAUAUACCUAGUGAACAAGGUCCUGAUGAUGGACAACAGUCUUUACCUGUUGCACAGGUGGAAAUUGGUGUAAACAUUCGGGAGACUUCUGAUGACAUAGAUGACAACCAUACAACAACUAGCACCUCUUCUGAAGAUAAUGUUAAUGUUGUCACCACUUAUGAUGGUAAAAGUCCUAAACAUGCUUUGGAAAGCAAUUUGCACAAAUCAUCAUCUGAAAACUCUGAGCACGAGAAUGAAUCAACAGAACAAGUAAAAAAUGAUGAAACUGAAAUUAAAUUGACUAUCGACCUAACAGAACAUGCCCCAGAAGUAACUGGAUCAGAUAGUAUUUCCAGAAGAAAGAUUUUGUCAUCAUCAUCAUCAUCAGACAGUGAAAAUGAUGAAAGCAAAAUUAGUGGAUAUCCCUAUGUUGAUGAUGAAGGACAUAAACAUUUUAAUUCUGAGAACAAAAGUAAAGAGAAUGACAGCUCAAAAGAAAAUGAAGCAGAAAGUGUCGCCUUCAAAUUUAUUGAAGAGAGAAAACGUUCAUCAUCAUCAACAUCAUCAUCAUCCAACAGUGAAAGUUCAGGCGAAGAUGAUCCCAAUGUUGAUGAAAAUCAUGUGACUAAUGAUGUUAAAGAUUUGGUUAAAGACACUAUUGACUCACCAAAAAAUAUGGACAAUGAAACCACUGGAAGAAUUAAAAUUUCAUCAGACAGCGAAUGUGAAAACGUAUAUGAAAUUCCGAGAGCGGACAAAGAUACUGAGAUUUAUGAUAAUAAAGAUAAAAACAAUGCUUUUGUUUCUACUGAAAUAUAUCUGAAAGAUGAUAUUUCUAAAACUAUAGCUAGUAGAAAGAUUUCUUCAUCAUCUGAAAGUGAUAGCCAUAAUUCAGGCCAUGAAAAUGUUAAGAAAGAAGAAACAUUUGAAAAGAUUCCAGACAAAAUUAUGUCCGAUUCCAAUUUUAAUUCCAAACACUUUGAACAUGGUCAGGCUGAUGAAAAUAAGUAUGAACAAUCUUUAAAUGAUAUAGAUCCUCUGAUCGAUUAUGACGUUUCUUCAAAAAAGAACAUUUCAUCAUUCGCCAGUGAAAGUGAUAUUGACUAUACAACUAACCUUCAUUAUAAAACUCCUACAUUGUACAAGCUGCAAUCAUUAAGCUCAGCCAGUUCUGUAGAGCAGCAAGAAAAAGGGCCGACCUUUAAAGCAGAAACCAGCUCCUCAUCAUCUGAAGAUGAAGAAGCACCUGCUUUGCCUUCUGCUGGACCACCUGAGCUCAUUAAGGUCAAGAUAAUUUCUUCAGAUAGCGAGAGUGAUACAACUGAUUCAAGUCAUGAACCUGAAGAAGGCACUGGAAAAGAGGUUGAUAUUUUAAUACCCAGUUGUGAUAAUGAAACUAAUGACAAAGCAGAGACAACCUGUGUUACCAUUAAUCUGAUUGAUAGAAUUGCAGGAGCUCAGAAAGAAGAUACAAUUCCAGACAUAUCUUGUUCGUUACAAGCUCAAGAAGCAUUAACUUCAUCGUCUCCAGCCUUUUCUGAUCACCAAGUUACUUUAGAAGCAUCUGGCAAUCUGGCACAUGAAAGUGCUUCCAUGACCUUGGUUGCUGAUAAAACCCAUGAGGAAACAUAUUCCAGUUUGAUUCUCCUUACCCCAUAUGACAAAGAGACUUCAUCAUCAUCAUCAUCUGACUCAGAAGACAAUAAGAUUAGUAAUUUGAAAUCCCCAAUUAAAGACGAGACAACUUCAAGGUUGACAAAUAUUGAAGAUACUGCAGUUUCUUUUGAUCCAAUUUCUAGUGAAAUCAUUGAUUCUCAACAUAUGAACUUGAAACUAAAUUUUGACAUUGUUGAUGAUCAUAACAGAACAGAGUCAAAAUCAGUUGAUAUGAUAAUAAAGGCCUCAAAUGAAGAACAAAGUGUCAAAUUGAAAUCGGACACAUCAUCAUCUUCCUCUUCAACAUCAGAGUCUGAAUCUUCUGAAUCAGACUCUGAGUCAAAAUACUUGAAUUCUCAUAGCAGAGUAUUAGAUGAAAAAGAACCAGAAUAUGAGAAAUUAAGACAUCAGGGUAUGGCUGGUGAUUUAGCCAAUGUCAGUGAUGAGAUCAAUACAAAGUGUCCUGAAAAAUAUUCUGAACUGGAUGAGAUAUUAGCUCCUCUGCAGUCUGCCACAAAAGAGUUAAAGGUUGAUAUUAUCAGCAAUGUUGAUAUGGAGAAUACGUAUGUUUCAGAAUUUAGUUUGCCUUCAAUCCAAACUCAAAUUUCACCAAAAGGACAUGAUGAGGUUGACCAAAUCGUAUCCAAACCAGCUGUGACAGCUGAUAUACGAAUUGAUUGGUCAAACAAGGCAAGAGAAAUAUCUCUAGAGGAGCCAGUAAAACAGCCUGGGCCAUUUGCCAAUGUAGACAAAGAUGUUAUGAAGAAAGCAGCUAUCAUGUCCCGAAAGAUGGCAGAAUCUGUGACAGCCAAGCUUGAAGAUCAGAACAGAGAAGCGGACAUUGAAAAAUAUAAAGAUGAUGAAGAACAAAUGGUAACACCACCAUCUACCCCAUCUGAAUCUGAUAAAGAAAAAGCAAGGGCAAAAAGAAUGGCUAUAUUUAAGCAACUUCAAUAUUCAACAAGACCGACUAAGAAGAAAAUUGAAGAUAUUGAUGAGCCAAGUGAGUCAAGUUCAGGCUGUGAGUCGCCAACAGAUUUUAAGAAGACAAUGUUCUUGUGGAACAGAAAAUCAAGUACAAAUGUUAAACCAGAUCAAUCAUUAAUUGCCAAUAAAUCUAGAAAGAUUUCUUCCCCAUUUCUUUCAGGGAAACCAGUCUCGCCAACUGGUGAACAUAUGAGAAAGCUUCAUAGCUCUCUUCCGAAGGAUUCAACUCCUGGAUCUGUUGCAGAUUACAUAAGAAGACUAUCGCAGUCUUCCUCUGCUGAUGAAAACUUACUCACUUCACCUGUUGAUGAAAUCAAACCAGCCAAAACUUAUCAUGUCAAAACUGAACCCAUUCAUCUAACUGUAGAAACAAAAGUUUAUCCUCGAAACCAGCAGAAUUUGAAUAAAACCCCAUUUACCGGUUCUGUUUCAUUGCCUAAAUCAGGACACAUUAAAAAGAAUGAAGCAGAUGUUAAACCAUCAUCGAUAUUUGCUGGUCAGUCCAUUUCAAGAAGAAAUUCCCAGAAUCAGAAACCACCAUUGGAAAAGAUUGGUGUUAGACCAAUGUCUAUUGACCUUAAAAAUGUGACAAACAUAACCAGUGAUGACUCAAAACCAACAAAUAAUGUUGUAAGAAGGAGUCCGAGAUCUGUUUUGAAACAAGGCAAACUAAAUGUUGAAGUAAAACCAUUAGAAGCAAAGCCACUUGUGGAAACAGGUAAAAGCAAUGAUGAUGAGAAUUGUCCAAUAGAUAUAAAAAGAAGUGACUCAUUGAAAGAUAAAGUUAAGGUUGAAGUAAUAGCUCUAGACAAACGCUUGAGCCAGUCAGACGAGGAAAGGCAAGAGGAAGAAAACAAAACCGAACUUAAGAGAAAAGAAUCUCUUAAGACAAAAAGAGAAGAUUCACCAAGAAGGUCCCUAUUACUUUCAUCACCAACUACACCCGAAGCCACUAUUAAGGAUGGAGAUAGAGUGAGAAAUAUAUGGCAGUCAACAUGUACAAAACCACCAUCUCCUAAAAUUAAGCGGAAAGAUUCUUUUGAAGUUAAGGUCAGAUCUGCCUCAUUGCGUAAAAGCAGAGAAGAAAAGGAAAUAGAGAAAGAGAAAAGAAAUAGCACAAGAUCAGCCUCUCCAGCUUCUAGAUCUUCAACACCAACAAAAGACUUACCAAAGGUCAACAUCACUGUUAAGCCUGUUUCAGCACAAAGUUCUCAAGAUGAGAACGCACUUGAAUCUCCCAGAGAACCAAAGGAAAUAGUUGUUGUGGAAGGGAAACCACCACUUCCAAAAGAUGAUAAGAGAGUAGUUGAAAGAAGGCCUUCGAAUAGAAGGUCCAUUUUGGCAGUAGUAAACCAAAUGGCUGGAUCAAAAUUAAAAGAUAAAGAUGAUGUAGAAGCACAACUAACAUCUAAGAAGGUAAAUGAUGAUCAAAUCACGGCAAUUCCACUAAAUGAGCAUAAACAAAGUGCCUCUACAAGCACUGAAAACUCGUGUGUUAGUGACACAUUAAGUGACAUGUCAGUUAAAAAACAAAUGUCAUUAGACAGUGUUUCACCAGAAAACCCUGUCAAAUCUUCUUACAAACAUGAACAAGAGGAAGCUAUAAAGAAAUGCAAUUCCAUCUUUGGUUUGGUUAAAUCUCAUAUAAAAGCAUCUUCAAAAGGUACCAAUGUGGUUCCUGAAAAAGUUGUAUUAUCUAGUAAUUCUGUUGGUGGGUCAGAAAGAAAGGAACUAAACGCUGAUAGCAAGGAGAGUUCAGAAAGUGAUAGAAAUAGUUCUGAUUCUUCAUCCUCUUCCUGUAAAAAGACAAAAAAGACAGGAAUAAAAAGAAGUCUACCCACAAUAAAUGCAGAAGUUGGAAGAAGUGGGCAUGUGUCAGAUCAUGACACAUUUAAAGAUAAUGAGGCUGUUACAGGUAGUACAAAUCAGAGUGGUACUUCCUUCCCCUCAUUGCAUUCAUCAGUUGAAAUACAUAAGACUUCCCUAAAGGAUGAUUUAGAAGGUAUAAUAAAAGAUCUUGAACAAGAUAUGAAGAGUGACAGUGAACAUUUCCAUCAGGAAACAAGCAUGAAAUUAAUAAAUAACAAGAAAGCAAGACAAUCAGAUACAACAGAUUCAGAUGAAAAACAGUCAACUGAAGAUCAAAAGAAGUCCAAAAAAAAGAAAAGAAGGAAGAAUAAGAAAAAGAAGACUCCAGAAAGUAGUUCAUCUAGUAGUUCAUCAGAAUCUAGUAUGCAUUCAGACUCUGACCGUGGUGAUGAUGGAAACACAAAGUCUAAAUCUAGCGAUACUUCAUCAAAUGAUGCUGCACCAGAUGUUUCAAAAGAUGGAAGUAGCAAUCAUCAAGAUAUGCCAGAAAGAAAAAUUUCUGACAGCAGUGAUAGAUCAUCUAAAUCAUGUAGACCUUAUCCUGUUGAUUCAGGUGUAAAGGAUGACGUGCACUUUAUUAUUGUACCUGAAACUGCAGAAACAGUAAAAGUUCCUAAAGGCAGCACGGAAAUUAUGAGUAGCCAAGCCAUUGAAAUCCCUCAAAAAGAAUUAAUUUUUUCAGUCGCUGACAUUAUUCCUCAAGUAACAGACAAAGAGACAGCCUAUCUUGCUGAUCAAGAAAGUGAUUCAAGUGAUGAUGAUGUAGCUGAUUAUGACAAGGAUGUUAAAUUAACAACAAAGGGCAAAGUGAAAGCUUCUAAAUCGUCUUCAGAAUCAAGUUUAAGUGAGAUAGAAUAUCCCAGUAGUGAUAAUGGACGUUAUGUUGAUAGUGUGGCACCAAAAGACAGCCAUGAUGCUCAUGUUGCUCAUGAGGAUUUUGAAGAUGAAGUGCCCAUUACGUAUAAACCAGAAGAUGAAGAUUUUGAGGCUAAUCAUGAACCUGCUGAAAUAGUUGUGUGUGUGCCGUUUCCAGUGAUCCAUCCUGAGCCAGCUUCAGGCAGGUCAAGAACAUCUUCAAGUUCUUCAAACCAUUCAGAUCUAAUGGGGUGUUUUGAAAUACCUCCUUCAGACAUUAACUUUACCGAUGAUAACACUUUGGAGGCUUCAAGUAGUGACAAGCAAGAAUCUCCUGUAGGAAUUCAUUUUAGUGUUGAGCCAUUGUGGUCGAGAAACGAAGACAACCAAGAGUCUUCAAGUGAUAGUGAAAGUGAGACACACAGUGAAAAAAGUAUAACUUUGCAUGAAAAUGAAUUGAAUGUCAAUGAAGAGAAAAAACUGUCAGUGUGUGAAAGAGCAUCAUCAAGUGGCACUGAAAAUGAUGAUGAUGAUGAUGAUUAUGUUUGUGUAAAAUCACAACCAAAAGAAAAUAAUGAGCAUUCUUUUUCGAACAAUAUAACUGAAACAGUAGGUGAUUGUUUGGUGCCAAAUAUGCACCCUUUUAAUGAACUUAAAGGAGCUGAUAUGCGGAUAUCAGAUGACAAUAAUGAUAAUCAAGAUAUGGAGUAUGACUAUAUUGAUGUCAAAGAUACUAAUUAUGUUAAUGUUGAUGUGGAAGAUACUGAGGGUGAUAAUGUUGACAUUCAAGACACAGAAUAUGACAAUGUUGAUGUCAAAGAUACUGAGGAUGACAAUAUUGAAUCUCAGUAUAGUGAGGAGGAUGAACUGUUGAAGUCAGUGAUAGAGGAUUCACAUCCAUUUAAAGCACCCUUGCUAGAAACAUUUAUUAAGACAUCUUUUGAAGAGGACAUGGAUAGUGACAAAACUGACACUGAUGAUGUUUUGGAAGAUGAAACAAAUGCUGAAGCAGUUGUCAUAAGGGAAUUAGAGAGUGCAAUUCAUCAUGGUAAGGGCAGGACAAGUUCUGUCAGUUCUUCCAGUAGUAGCAGUUCGGACUCUUCCAAAGGAGACAAUAAGACUGGAAAAUCUGGUACAACAGAUUCAGAAGAUGAUUUAUACAGUGAUUCAAAGAGAGAUGUCAGCUGUGAUUCAAAAAUGUAUAUCCUCCCAGAGUGUACCAUGAUUACAUGUGAGGAUGUCACUCAGAAAGAUCUGGACAUCAUGUUCAAAGAUUUAGAUUAUGCUAACCAAUUGAAUUCAAAAAUGCACCCAGUAGGUGUAGACAUAUUUGUACAUCCGGGCACACCCGACGUUUCUGUAUACUACAAUGUGUCUCCAGAUCAUAAUGAAGGAGAGAUAGAUGACUUCAAUGACAUAUAUGAAACUAUUGAUCCUCACCUGGAAGAAGUUGAUUUCAACAAAGGUGAAAUCACUUUAGAAGGCAUUGAGUUGAAGCCAAUUGUUGGCCAGGAAUUGGAGCAACCAAGUGUUCCUGAAAUUCCUAUUGAAAGUGAUGAUGAGUUAUUACAAAACAUCAUUCUGGAAAAUGAAAUGAAUUUGAAAAAUAUCGUCAGAAGAAAAUCCAGCACGUCUUCAUCAAGUUCUGAAAAGUCGAGUCAUGAAGAUAUGCCUUCUACAACAAGCCCUGUAGACAUCGGUAAAGAUAUUCCAGAUGUUUCAAUACCUGUUGAGCAAUUACAACGGUCAAGAAAUAUUACUGAGUCAAGCAGUUCCAGUAGUUCUAAAUCAGAUAAAGAGUUUAAGGAUGCUCUUGAAAUCCAGGAUGAUAUGAAUCCGGACAAUGUUUAUGAUGAUAUUGCUUUGGUAACAGAUGUCUAUGUCAGAAAGCCUUUGCAUUUGUAUGAGAAUGUGAUCCUUUUUGACAGAGAUGACUCUAGAAUUCCUUCAUUAGUGUUAGAGGAUGAGGUACACAAAUCCAUUACGGAAUUGUCAGGCAAACUAGAUGAUAUAAGUACGGCAAGAAAGCUUUCGUUGUCGUCUUUAUCAAGUGAUAGUGGUAGUGAUUUGAAAUCUUCAGAAACUGUAAUUGAGCCCAUAAAGGCAAUAAAAGCUUCUAGAAAGUCUAGAAAGGCCUCUAGUGCAAUGACAAGUCAAAGUUCUAGUACUUCCAGUAAUGAUGAAGCUGAAAGCACAAAGUCCAAAGAACAAAAACAGCAAAAAAAGAUGAGGAAAGGCAAGAGGCGCAAAAGCAGUUCCAUUGAUAAUUCAGUACAGGAUGAUAAAAUAAAACCAUCUGGCAGUGCAGAUGAGAGAGAACAACCUGAACAAAAGUUUGAUACUUUUGAAAGAAUUGGAGGCAGGCCAAUGGCAGAGGAACAGAAAAGUAGAUCUGGCAGUGCCAGUUCAAGUAGUUCCAGCUGUGAAACUGAUUCAGAUAAUAACCAUGAGGAUGGUAAUAUGGAUAAAGGGUUUCUGAUUGGUCGAGAGAAAGACCCGAGCAAGAGUGAGGUUGCUCGGCUCAUCCAGCAGUCGUUGGAGCUCGAUCGACGCAGGGAGGAGCUGAAACGUCAGGAGCAUGAACGGCUACAGGCCCUGCAUGAUGGUUUCAUGGUACCUCGAGACGAGGUUUUGGAGCAUGAGCACCUUCAGAAGCUGCACUCCACUGGAAGUGUAUCAAGCAAGGAGGAUAACAAUGUGCAGGACCUGGAUGCCUCCAGCCAAGAAGAAGAAGAAAUGGAGGAGGCAGAGGAGGAAGAAGGCAAGCAGGAGGAGGAGGAAAUGGAGCACACGGAGGAAAUCUCUGAAGAGCUGCAGGCAGGGGAGGCAACUCCAUUAUCAAUGCCGUCUGGAGUUGACAGUGAGCCGUCACCGGACAGUUCCCCAGAGGAGGCUACUGGCAAAGCUGUGGUGGAUGUGUUUGACCUGCAGGACAGCUCGCCUGACAGCGGCCCAGAAAUGGAGCCCCAGGCACUCUUUGUGAAGCUGAAAGAGGCCCAGUUAAGAAACUCUGUACUGGAGGCAGAGCUGACCAAACUGAAGGGCCGUCUGUUGCUGCUGGAGAACACGGAGUCACAACGGCGGCAGGAGGAGCGGCGCAGCGACGACAUGGCCGCCAGACUGCGCGAAGUGGAGAAGGCACUGAACAGUGCCAGAAAAGAGAUUAAUCACUAUCAGGACCUGAUGGAGGGGUCCCAAGGCCAGUAUAUAGCCCUGGAGAAGAAGAUGCAAGGGGACCUCACUGCACUGGAGAAGAAAUACCACAAGGCCAAGAAACUCAUCAAAGAGUACCAGCAAAGGGAGAAGGAUUUCCUGGCCGAGCGGGAGGCUCUCAUACAGCAGCAGAAUGAGAAGAACCAGCAGUAUGACGCCCUGGUCAAGUCAUUGAAAGAUCGGAUAUUCCAGCUGGAGAGUGAGUUACGGGAGGCGCAGCAGGCGGCUGGUUUGCCAGUGCUCCUGCCACACAGACAGGAAGUGACGGUUGUCACGGAGACCAGCCCACCUGUGAGGUCCCUACCCCCACCUGUCAGAGACUCAGGCAUGCGGCCAGUUCAAGACAAGGACUCUAUAUCCUCAGAGAGUGAGAUGUCGUCCCUGUCAGAACCACCCACACCAGCUGUGGAAGACACUGUGACUGUAGACCCUGCCUCCAUGUUUAAUUCGAUGCCACCCACCAAGCUGCUGGACACGUCUGUCAGUAAGGCCAAGGCACAGCUAGCUGCCAACUCUCCCAGACGACCUCCCACCAAACAGAGGUCAAAGUCACAAGACAGUGAAGAGUUGAUUGAGGCAGCCAUCCAGAGCAAGGCAGAGAGUGGGCUGGAGACGUGGAGCAAACAUGACAGGACUGCUGAAUAUAUUUUGAACUUGAAUUCCGACAACACUGUGAAAAAAAGUGAUCCAUCCCUUGAUAUUUCAAAACCUGCCCCAUCUGACCAUGCACCCACAUCUAUAAGCUCUGACCAAGAUGCUUUUAGUGCUGGUUAUGACAAUGUCCAGGCUCCUCCCACCUCUAACACAGUCCCCGCCCCUCCCCCACCACCCGUGGAACCGACUGAUCCCAAUGGUCUGUCUGAUGACUGGGACACGCCCAGAGACAGAUUAAACAGCGGCUCAGAGUCGUCCUCGACGAUAUCACAGCGCUCAUAUGAUCCCUCACAACCAAACUUUCGCAACAAAAAUUCCGAGAUUCCCGGGUUGGAUUCUGUUUCUACGGAUACAAGCGGCACCGUGGAAACAACUGGGUCUGAAUCUUCAGCCAAAAAAUCUAAAGGGCUUUUACCAAAACUGCCUUUCAAAUUUGGUAGCAGCGAUCGUGACAAAGGAGGUGGCAUUACACUUAUUUCUGCCAGGGGAAUUAACUCUGAUGAUGUCCCCUCAAGCGAAGGGGGCAUAACUCUUAUUUCCAAACGCAAACUUGAUACAGGACUAGAUUUUGAUGCAUCCGCUCCAAGACCAAAAAUCGGUGCUAGUAUCAACAGUGACUCCUCAUCGGGCUACAUGGUAGGCGAGACGGAGUCGGCCAGAUCAUACCAGUUCUCAGGGAUCCCCGGUAACGAGGACUCAGUGUCCCAGUCUGGCGGCCUGAACCAGUUCGGUGCGGGUCAGAUCAAUGACUGGACAGUGGAGAAUGUAAAACACUGGCUAAUAGGCAUCGAGAUGGAACGCUUCACUGAGAUUUUUACAGAGAGGGGAAUCAACGGGGCCCAACUUGCUACCUUGGACGCAAACAAGUUGAAGGCUAUGGGGGUCACGAGUGCUAAAGACAGAGAUUACCUCAAGAAGAGGCUCAAAGAACUGAGAACGGUCCUUGAAAAGGAGAAAAAACAGCAAGAAAAAGAAAGGAAGCAAAUGGAAAAAAUGGCAAAAACAAGAGAAAAAGAGCAAAAGAAACAAUCCAAAAAAAAGUAGGAAGCAAGCAAAAGGAAAAUAGAACAAAAUAGAGUCUGUUAAAAAUGUCUAACUUAUGUAUACAGAGGUUGUCAUGCAAUUUUAUAAUGAAAUAAUUAUUUUUGUACUACUUAAUUUGUACCAAUAUUUUUGUAUGUACAUCUCAUGUUUUGUAUGUUACAGUGCUAUUGUUUUUGACCCAUAUUUAUCUUGUAUAAUUAUUUUAUUCUAGAACAAUUAUUGGCCAUUAUUACGUAUUUUAAAUGUUAUUUCUUAGAAUUGUGGUUAGUAUACAUAUAGAAUCAUUAUUGGACAUGUUUUGUAAUAGUGUAAAAAAUUGUAUAAAUAUCUGUGAUUUUCAAAGUAGAGAAUGUAAGAAAUUGAUGUGUACAUUUUUUGACAAUAUAAUUUAUGUCAUUUUGUGAACAUUUUUUUAGUUGAAAUGAUUCAUCACUUUAAUAUUCAUGAAUGAUAAUUAUAGCAAUUGAUUGUCAUUGAUUAUUAGUUAUAAAAUACAGAUUUUAUCAAUAUUGAAAAGAAAGAAAUAUUUGAAAGUUUAUUUUACGAGUCAAAAUAGUAAUUCCUCUAUACACUGCUUGCAGUCCAUACGUGUUGAGAAACGUUUUGACAUUUGAAAUGUUUAAUCUUCUUUAUUGCCGAGAGAAAUUAAAUACAAAAAAUCCCAAAUGCAAAACAAGUUGUUCUGUUUACUGAAUCAAUCACAGUCAACUGAAGUUGUUCUGUUAUAAAACAAUGACUCUAAAUUGAAAUUGUUCAGUUUACACAAUGAAUUCAAGUCACUGAAGUUAUUCUGUUUACAAAAUCAAUUACAGACAGUUAAGUUAUUCUGUUUACAUAAUUAAUUACAGACAAUGAAGGUAUUCUGUUCACAAAAUCAAUUACAGUCAAAUGAAGUUAUUCUGUUUACACAAUCAACUACAGACAAGUGAAGCUAUUCUGUUUACAAAAUGAAUUAUAGUCAAUUGAAGGACAUCUCUUGUAAGACUUAUUACGCAGUCAAAAUCGUACUGAAUUGAUCCAAUUGUUUCCGAAAUUGUUGAAAACUAAAUCUUUCUGAUGCAAUAUGACCAACCCUGUGAUUUUCGAUAAUAAACAAAUAUUGCUAGAAAAUAUUUGGAAAAAAAAAUCCUGUUAGCAAAAGCAUGGCUGAAAGACCUAAUUGAAAAGCUACCGAACAAUGUUAAGUGGUGGUGCGUUAUAACUGUUUCCUAUUGUAGGUUGUAGGCAUUAACCUUCUUUCAUGCAGGGCCCGGCUCAUGAUGCAUAAAAAUACAGGACCUGGACUGGACAUUCUUUCGCAAGUUCUUUUUCCUGGCUGGAAUAUUUGUGUGUUUUCGUUAACAAUUUAAUCAUUGCCUGGACAGGAAACAUUACUUGAAAUGACUUGAAAAGAGUUCAUUGUUUUACUUAUGAUGAAUUUAUAUUUUUGUCGCUUUAAAUUUGUACCAAUAUUUCUAAUAUAAAUAUUUAUAUACACAUUGAUUUAGACCAUUAAGAUGAUUUUAUGUUUACAUUUUUCAGAAUAUUUUGAGAAAGUUUUUAUAAAUAACAGAAAUUAAAUUUGAUUUUCUGAAUCUAAUUUCAAGUAAUGUUUGUACAACUUUGGACACUUGCAAGGUGUCCUCACUUCUGACGUGUCCAUCUACAAAUAUUCCUCUGCUUGGGAAGUGAGACAUGAUUAAGGCCACAUGCUUCAGUGAAGUUGAAAAGCAUUGUGGUCAUGUUUGUUACAGAGUUGAUGUGAUAUAUUGACACAAAGUAUGAAAUGUGCUUUGAAGACUUUUCUCAGAGAAUGCUUAAUGAAGGCAUUCAAAAUUGUUAAAUAACUCAUUUCCAAGGAAAUUUUUGCCUAGAUAGGUCUUGCAUAUAAAAUAAAGUCACUAGUUGUUUAUACCGGUACAUGUUUGUACAUGUAUACCCCUAGUAUGCUUUGCACAAAACUGCAUUUCAAUUCUUUGGAAGUUUCACUUCAACAGUAACAUUAGUGCAUGUUAACCCAAAAUGGUUACAAAUAUCAGUUUUGUGCGUCAGUCGCACACUAAACCCAUUAUCUGUGUUGUUCAGAUGUUGAGGUUAUUGAUGUUCGUCCAACAGUUAUUACCCUGACUAAGGAAGCAGUGUUCAGAAUUUGAACCCAGCAGGGUUGGUUCCAUUCUUUCUCAUAUGAAGAUUGGUUAUUUUCAUUUUAUUAUGAAUUUGAUAAGAGACUAUUUGUUAUAUGGUCUUGUCCAUUUUAUGUCCGAUGGUAUCCGGCGGGCCGGUUUGUUUACUGGUGUAAGAUGAUGCAUUUAAUAGAUCAUUUGAUUUUGGUCAAAUUUUAAGAACAUAGCCAGUGAGCGCAGAAGAUAUUUGUUUCAGCUUUAUUUUGCAAUUCUUGUCAUUACAUUUUAAUUGAGUUAAUAAGUUAAUAUCAAAUCCAUAAAUCAGAUUUUUAAACUAAUGUUGUUUUUUAACAGACUAGGGUUUAUUUCUUCUUGAACAUUUUAGCUUUUGAUGUGGUAUGAAAAAUAUACUGCAUAUAAAAUUGUACUAAAAGAGAUGUCCUUUGGU